ACAUACAUGUGAAUUCAGAUAUAAUGUGUUAACAUCACUGGUCGUUGUACCUUUAAUUAAUUAUUAAGUAAGAUGCGGUAACCUUCUACAUAAGUAUUUUGAAAACUGGGUAAUUAACACAGUUUGUGGUGGGGACCUUUAUAGUACUACAGCACAAUAAUUUUUUAAUAACGUGUAUUCCAGUAACAGUGAUCCAUUCACUAUGAAGUUAUAUUUGUGUAUCAUUUCUUUUGUUUUCCAAAUUUCUAAUUUGGAGUCCAAAAUAAUACCUGACUAUUUGCCAAAAUUAUGCUCGAUAUCAACGAACAACUAUGACGAGUGCGCCACUAAUACGCUUAAGGAUUGGGGUCCCUAUCUUCUAAAUGGAAUUAAGGAGAUCAAUUUUCCAAAAAUGCACCCUCUGCACGUACCAUUAGUCGCGGUGAAUCGCACGCUGAGCGCAGAUCUGGCCAUGGAUGCUGUCUUAAGGGAUGCAUUGUUCUAUGGAUUCAAUGGAACACAAUUUAAAUAUUUCAAAUUUGACCCUCAAACUAAAACUGGCGAAUUAAGUUUUAACGUUCCUCUAUUAUGGGCAACCAUGGAAUAUGAACUAGCUGGCCGCGCCUAUACCCUUGACCUUAAGGGUUCUGGGUAUUGCAAAGGAGUAACAAGCGAUGUCGAGUUUCUUUUCCAAUUCAAAUUGAAGACAGUGGAAAAAUUGGGAAUUAAUUAUUUUACAUUUGAAAAGUUCGUCGGAAAGAGUACAAUUGAGAAUGGAUAUGCGAAACUAAAGUCAAAAGAUCCAGCAUUUCAGUAUGCACUCGACCUAAUCGCUGACAUCUUUAACGAAAAUCCUAGGAGACUACUCGACGCGUUUCACCCGGUUUAUGAAGAAAUGGUCACCUAUUUCUUUGGAUUAUUAGGUGAACAGGUGCUCAGUACAAUUCCCGCCCAAGAAAUCUUACCCGAGUAACUAAAUGAACGAAGAACGUAGACAUAGUAAAAACAAUAUUAGCGGUUACCUGAACUAUUUCUUGUAUCAUCGACCAUCCUCAAAUUUCUCGCUUUAAUCACUACGACAGUAAGGCGCUCGGCGGACGGAAGGUAGGCCAAGGAAACCAUAAGCUCUCCCAGAUCUAAUCGAGCAUCAUGCUCGAACGACGGACUCAGGCCUUUCCAUAAAUCGACCUUUUCACUCAAAUCAAUAUUGGCUAAGGGCAGCUGCACACCUCCGAUACUAUAGUGGCGCGAAUACGCGUCGAAAUUGUAUAGUACUACUUCCAAAGUGUGGCGACCCAAAGUGGCAGCUUUAACUUCGAACACGAAAUCUUCGUCAAACACUGAAACAAGAAAAUGGUACACCGGUGUUAGUUUUUUUCUUUAUAUAAUCUGUACCAGUGUAAUAUCCAGUAGUUUUUUAAAUGUUUCUUUUGUUCACAGUCAUUGUACAAAAAAAAAACAAGAAAAUGAAAGUAGAA